CAAUUUUUAACGUUCUCAAAUUAUUUUGCACAUUCACAGCUUCCCGCCCAUUUCAUUCCCCCCAUUUCCACCUUCUCUCUCCUUCCAUCUUCUUCCCCUCUUCUGUUCUUCUCAAUUCUUCACUUUCCGCUACAUACUAAUCUCACAAAUUUCAACUGCAAACGAAUCCCUAUCUAUCUGCUCAAAAAUUCAUUUGCAAAUUCAAUUAUUAUCUCCAAAAUUGACGAACUGACCAAAUUCAGUCGUCGAACUAACGUUUUUUAUUCAAUAAGUACAGCAGUUGCAGCAGACAGCUCAUUUAUAUGAAUUCGCGACACUGCAAAAACAACCGUUUAUGGUAGAUUAUGGAUGGAUAUGUUAAUUCAUGACGAAAGUGAAGCUUAUAAAUUAUGAGUGGGAUGAGUGUUUUUGCUGGACAAGAAUGCAAUAAGAAGGCUCCUAAAGUUAAUUGGGAUGAACAUGUGAAAUCACAUAAUAACUUUGCUACGCAAAAUGAGUUCCUGAGCUCGAGUUUUCUUUUUUCGCUACCUACACAAAAGCCGCGUCCUGAAGGGAGGAUGAUGACUUGCCAAGUUCAGAGUAUUGGUAGAUCACAGGUGGAACAGGCCUGGAAGUCCCUCUCGAGCCUUCAGCUCGGUCGCAGGAACUAUGUCAGGCCAGGGAAAACUGUUCAGCCAGUGAAAAAUGUAAAUGCUGUUCAGUUUCCUGGAAAACAUGGGGUGCCAGAGAAGUCAUAUGGUAACAACAUGAAAAAUUCUGUAAAUCAGGAAUGGCAUCACAAAGUUACUGAAAGCAAAGAUAAAGCUGGUAAUCCCACAAGGUAUUAUUCUGCCUCAACUCCGAUGCAUCAGACAGUUGAAGCUGGAAUGGGUGAGGCAAAAUUGUUGCACAGUUCUCAUUUACCAAUUCGUGAAGGUUCACUUCAUCAUAAUGUCAAGUCAACAAGUGAUAGCAAAGGGCCAGAUGAGGCAGUUAUUGAUGUGAUAAAUGAUGAUGAUAUUCUUGGGAACAUUGACGUUGACCAAAUUGUCAUGGAGCACUACCAAUCAAGUUGUACUCCUCAGCCUGCUGGUUCUAAGUCUCUACAAGCAACUCCAAUGGCAGAUAAAUAUGUUAUUGCAAGACAUGACGAAACCUCAUUGCCUCCAGAAUUGUGCUGUAAUUGCAGUCACGGAUACAAGCUAGGAUUAUGUCCAGAAGGGACAAUUCAUCUGCAAGAGAUGAAAGACAUGUUAAUUGUCAUAUCAAAUGAAUUGCUUGACAAUUUGGAUUUAACUCCUGAGAGGAUGGAGAAGCUUCGACAGGACAGGUUGCAGCUAAAUAAGCAAAUUCAGUUGAUGGAGACUCAUGUUCGCAAUAUGACUAUUGAUGUGGAGAUGCAGAAUUCACAGUUUUCUGCAACAACAGAAAAUGUAAGGGGUUAUAAUCAUGAUACAUCUCAGGCUACCUUUAGGUCGAAUGCAUAUGAUACACCUCAGGCUACCUUUAGGUCGAAUGCAUAUGAUACACCUCAGGCAACCUUUCCGUCGAAUGGAUAUGAUGCACCUCAGGCAUCUGGCUUCAUGACAGAUCCAAUGAGAUUAGAUAACCGAUUUAACAAUUUUGAUGAGUCAAGUGGUUAUAAUCGGAGCGAUUUGUCAUCAGUUUCAUUCUCUUCUAUGGAGAGGUUUGAUUUUUCAUCAGCACCUGUGGACAGAGAGUCAUAUAAACCGAGGGUUGUUGAUGUAAAUUACAUAGAAGGUUCAAAUGACAGGAAAUGGAGUAGCUGGGACUUUCCAUGGACCAAGAAUUUGGAGACUAACAAUAAAAAGGUGUUUGGUAACCAUUCUUUUCGACCCAAUCAAAGGGAAAUAAUCAACGCAACCAUGAGUGGUCAUGAUGUUUUUGUUUUAAUGCCUACUGGAGGAGGAAAAAGUUUGACUUAUCAGCUUCCUGCUCUCGUUUGUCCAGGAGUAACUUUAGUUGUAUCACCACUGGUUUCUCUCAUCCAAGAUCAGAUUAUGCAUCUUUUGCAGGCAAAUAUACCAGCUGCUUACUUGAGUGCCAACAUGGAAUGGAGUGAACAGCAAGAGAUACUUAGAGAACUUUGUUCAGACAAUUGCAGAUAUAAGCUCUUGUAUGUCACGCCUGAAAAAAUUGCAAAAAGCGAUGUUUUCCUGCGAAAUCUAGAGAAGCUGUAUUCUCUUGAUUUACUUGCCAGGAUUGUUAUUGAUGAAGCCCAUUGUGUCAGUCAGUGGGGACAUGAUUUUAGGCCUGAUUAUCAGAGUCUUGGUAUCUUGAAACAGAAGUUCCCAGCCACGCCAGUGUUGGCGUUAACUGCUACUGCAACAGCGGUUGUUAAGGAAGAUGUUGUGCAAGCUCUUGGUCUUGCUAACUGCAUUGUUUUUCGGCAAAGUUUCAACCGUCCAAAUUUGUCGUAUUCAGUUAUGCCUAAAACAAAAAAGUGCUUGGAGGAAUUUGACAAGUUCAUUAGAGCAAACUACUUUGAUGAAUGUGGUAUUAUUUAUUGCCUAUCAAGAAUGGAUUGCGAAAAGGUUGCUGAACAGUUACAGGGUUAUGGACAUAAAGCAGCUUUUUACCAUGGCACUAUGGAUGCUGCUCAACGUGCCUUUGUUCAGAAACAAUGGAGCAAAGAUGAAAUCAAUAUAAUAUGUGCAACUGUGGCCUUUGGAAUGGGUAUCAAUAAACCAGAUGUUCGAUUCGUGAUUCAUCACUCCAUCCCAAAAUCUGUUGAAGGAUACCAUCAGGAAUGUGGUCGUGCUGGUAGAGAUGGCCUACGCUCAUCUUGUGUGUUGUUCUACAGUUACAGCGAUUAUAUUCGUGUCAAGCAUAUGCUCAGUCAAGGAGCCAUUGAGCAAAAUGCAUUCGCAUCUACACAUAAUCGUUUGAAUUCAUCAAAUCCUGGGAGGAUAAUGGAAACAAACAUGGAGAACCUUCAACGCAUGGUUAGCUAUUGUGAAAAUGAAGUUGACUGUCGACGCCUUCUACAGCUUGCUCACUUUGGAGAAAAUUUUGAUCCUGCACAUUGUAAAAAAACAUGUGACAAUUGCUCUAAGGUUAAAAGUUCUAUUGAGAAGGACGUGACACAAGUUGCAAUACAAUUGGUGGAGCUAGUGAAGUCAACGGGGCAGCAAUUCUCAUCAGCACACAUAUUAGAAGUCUUCCGGGGUUCUUUAAGCCAAUAUGUCAAGAAACACAAACAUAAUACUCAGAAACUUCAUGGAGCUGGGAAAGGUUUGGCGAAGGGUGAAGCAUCUCGAGUGCUUCGUCACCUUGUUGUUGAGAACAUUCUUGUUGAGGAGGUCAAAAAAAGUGAUAUCUAUGGAUCUGUAUCAUCAGUUUUGAAGGUCAAUGAAUGCAAAUGUAGAAAUCUCUUUUUUGGCGGUCAAAAGAUAAUUUUAAGAUUUCCAUCAAUCGCCCAAUCAACAUUGAAAUUUACCAAAGCUGAUGCAACGCCAGCAAAGUCGUCGCCCAUUUUUGGGAAAACAAGUCCUCUGCAAAGCCAUAAUUCUAAGCCAGAAUCAGAAGCUGACUUGGAUAUUUCUGCCAAAUUGUUUCCAGCUCUUAGGUUGCUAAGAACAGCCCUCAUGAAAGAAGGCGGUGACAGGGUCAUGGCACAUCACAUAUUCUCGAAUACGACAUUGCAAUUGAUCAGCAGAAAGGUACCUAGAACCAAAGAAGAAUUGCUAGAGGUUAAUGGCAUCGGAAAUGUGAAAUUGAAAAAGUAUGGUGAUCGUCUGCUAGAAACCAUAGAAGCUACCAUUAAACAACACAACAACAUAAAUAAGAACAGCAGUAGCAGCAAUGAUAGUGCAGAUUCAAUAAAAAGGAGAAGAGAAGCUGCCAAGGUUUCUUCAAAUGGAACAUCUAAUGGUGAUGAAGACAUGAUGGGAAGCACAGGGAGAUCGAAGAAGAGAGUUGUCGCAGCAGGGAAGACUUCUGAAAUCAAACCGAUGGAGGUUGACGUGUUUAGUGACUGCUUAGAUGCUGAUCUUGAUUAUGAUGAUCAAGUUUUUGAGAUGCAGGCUAAUAAUGGGUUAAUAAAUCCAAUGGGUGAAACAAAUGUUAAUGGAAGAAAGCUGCCUGUUUGGCCAGGACAAAGAAAGAUUUAACUCAGCUUGUGUAAGUUUCCUUCAAAUUAUGCCCUUAAAUGUGUUGUGUACAUAAUUUUUGAUUUAGCUUAGGUGAUGCCAAUAUAUACUAAUCUAGGCAGAAUGUGAUUAGGCAAAAUGUGUUGUGGAAAUUAGGUUCCGCUGUUGUAUGUAGCCAAAGAAGAUGAUAAAUGUAAGUUUUUGUAAUCCUUCAGCUUGGAAAUUUUGGUAAUCUUAA